GCGCACGCGCAGCAUAACCUAAACUUGCUAGAUUUUGAAUAAUUAUUGAUUUUCUAUUCUAACACAAAUAAUAAAUUUAAAAUGCCCCAUUUAUUUUGUUACGACUUUACAACUUUAUAAUUAGAGGGGCUUCAAUUAAUCCAACCCAAUUUAAAAAUGUUGGGCGUUCGCGUGAGUGCCUUCAAUGAAAACGGUCUCGGAGAACCUGAACAAGACGCCAAUUCGGCUUUAACGGAGCUUGACAAAGGCCUUCGGUCUGGUAAAGUGGGCGAACAGUGCGAGGCAAUUGUACGUUUCCCUAAACUGUUUGAAAAAUAUCCUUUCCCCAUCCUCAUCAAUGCGUCGUUACUGAAAUUAGCGGAAGUUUUUCGCAUGGGUAACAAUUUUUUACGACUGUGCGUUUUGCGUGUGUGUCAGCAGAGUGAGAAACACCUAGAUAAAAUCUCAAGCGUUGAUGAGUUUGUUCGGAGAAUUUACAGUGUAAUUCACAGUAAUGACCCCAUUGCGCGUGCUGUGACUCUGCGGACGUUUGGGGCUGUGGCUGCUAUCAUCCCAGAGCGGCAGCAGGUGCAUCACAGUAUCAGAAGUAGUCUGGAUUCGCACGAUAAUGUGGAAGUCCAAGCCGCAAUUCAUGCAGCUAUUCAGUUUGCAGCCCAAUCAAAAACUUUUGCCGUAAGCAUGUGCAAUAAAGUCUCUGAUAUGAUACAAGGCCAGUCUACGCCCGCCAGUAUGAAAUUACAAUUAAUUCCAAUUUUGCAAUACAUGCACCAUGAUACCAACACAGCUGCAAUGGUGAGGACGCUCUGUAUCGACUUACUGCCAAGUUAUCCGGCCAAAGACUUCGUUUUGGUCACUCUGAACACACUUACACAGUUGGCAACAGCGACUUUAGUUGACGUCCCUAGUCAAGUCAAUUUACUGUUGCAAUAUUUACGCAAAGACCUGGGUAGUGAAGUCAAAUCGAAAUGUUUACAAUUUUUAUACCAAUUGGCCAAACCGGGGGCUCAUUUGUGGCCCCCGGGUGCCACCAACAAUAUUAUCGAUUUUACUUUACACACGCAUCAACCCCAAUUAUUAACUUUGGCCCUAGGUGUGAUUCAAGUCUUGACUGAGUCGCCCCGAAUGUGUCAUGAUUAUCGGGACAACAACUCAAAAUUAAGAGAGCUGUGCAUGAAACACUGUUAUUCGUCGCAGCCUACAGUUGCGGUGCAAGCUAUCCAAAUUUUGACCCAACUUUUGUGUUAUUGUUACAAAGAGAAGUUAGAGACUGACAGAGCGGAUGAAGUGGUUUCAUCGUUGGAAACGUUAAUUUUGCUUUUAACUUUCUCAAAUGAUAAACAUCCAAGACAGCUGAAGUUGGCACUGAAAUGUGCUGUUCGGCUGUGUGAAGCGAAGAAAGACUAUUGUGAGAUAUUUGUGGAACUACUCGGCACUCGCCUCGACAAUAUUCACAACGACUGCACUAUCGUCAUCUGCGAGACUUUGGGGGCCAUCGGGGGCCUAAAACCAGACACUUUACUCUCCCUCCUUGCUAAUAUUCUCAGUUUACUACGUGCAUUGUCUGAAAUUGACUCGCCAACGAAUCAACAAACGCGCAUCAAAAUCAUGCUUUGCACUCUUGUUUUCCAAAGCCUGUCUGAUUACACCUGGAACGAGGAAACCGAAAGUGCCAUUUUCUGUGUUAUUGAAAACAACAAUCUGUGGGCGAAUUAUUGCAUAGCGCGAGCUGCAGUUAGAUACGGCCAUCACAAAAUCGCCAAUGCGAUUUUCAACCAAUUGACGGAACAAGUCAGUUCCGAACAUUUCCAUUUCUGGUUGGUUUGUUUAAAAGAAAUGUCGGAAGCGGAGUCGUUUUUACUCACUUCCGACGAUAGUUUGGUAAAUCGCUUGGAGAAAGCGAUCAUACAUUACAAUAAAGCCAUCGCGGCUUUGAAGGCGGCGAGCACUCCCUCUCAUAAUCUACAGUUCCAGGCUGAAUAUAUGCGAAUUCGGACCGAGUUUCUCCAGUGUUUGAUCCAACUGAUUUAUACUUGUAACACUCUGUGUAUAGUCCCGCCACCUGCGAUUGCCGCUACUAUAGUCCAAAAUACGCGAGAUGAGUAUCAAAGACACGGAUAUAUUACAAAUCAGUUGCGAAAGUGUGUGAAAGAGUUUAAAAAUUGUGGCGACCUCUACUGGAAGCUUUACCAAACUGCUUUCGACGCCGACCCUGCCACUUUGGAAAACAUGCAAAUAUUGCAACAAAUGUGUGUCCUUGUGGAACAAAGCGUGGAAAGUAUUUGCGUCAACGGUUCGAAAAUUCGAGACGAUCCGAUUGAAUUUGGAUCACGUGAUACCCGUCUAGAGUCACAACAAUUGACAAAAGCUUGUUGUAAUGCUUUAACAGUUUCGCACGCACUCGAUGAUGGCUCGUCAAUGAGUACAAUAACGCACCGGCACAUUGAAUUGUUGAAGAAAAUCUGUGAAGUAUUGUCGAAUGCAUCGUUACCAAUUCCGCGGUAUUUCUUCCAAGUUUUACAAUGCACCAGCGUUAAGUUGGCCAUUUCGCCCCAACCUCGGGUCAUGGGGGAAUUUAUAAGUGUCCAGGCAAACUCCCAGUUGGCUGUGAAAGUCGAAGGAGUGAUUCAGCACGGGAUGAAACCGGGACUUUUCCGAAAAAUCGAAGAAGUCAUAGUCACUGUGACCUCACAGAUUCAGAACAAUUCCAAAAGCAAGGAUUUGGAUAAGAGUUUGGAGCAAGUGGCGGUGUUGACUCAGUCGGUGACCCCCCAUAAAGACUUUUUCACGGCGCAAUUUCUGCUGGCGUUUCCUAAAGGCGGUCAGUAUUUGCUGGCCGUUGAGGCGUCAGUCGUUGAUGAAGAAAAUAACACUUGGAAGACCGGUCCUAGGUCAACCUUGACCGUGAAAGUGCCCGAAGAGGCAAAAUUAACACCGAUUUCGGUGCCGGGCAUGGCGUCAAAUGCCAAUGUAAUUUUGAUGCCUGAGGAUAACCUUUUUCUAAGACCUCAUCAGAAAAAACCCUAAGUAAGUAAUUAUUUAUUUUGCGAAAUUUUGUAACAAUAAACAAUAACAAAUGA